AAGGCUUUCGUCUCUCUCCCUUUUCCCUCAGCCGCUGGCCGCCAUGUUGUGCUAGUUUUGUGAUAGGCGGCGGGUAAUUCACCCACCGACAAUAACAACCCACCGCAGUUGUGAGAGGCAAGAAGGUCGCGGGUCUCUCACCGCGUCCUCGCAGGACCCGGCGCCAUGGCAGCCGCCUUGGGAGCAGGCGGAGGAGGCGCAGAUGAUGACUUUGAUCAGUUUGAUAAGCCUGGUGCAGAAAGAUCCUGGAGGAGGAGAACUGGAGAUGAUGACUGGGACAGUGAAUUAGAUGAUGACUUGCUAGGAGAAGAUUUGCUGACUGGCAAAAAGACUCAGUCUGAUAUGUCAGAUGAAGAACUGAAUGAUGAUCUCCUACAAAGUGACAAUGAAGAGGAUCAACAUUUCAGUACUCAGGAUGUCAGCAUCGGUCUUAAUGCUACAUCUGGCAUGGUUACUUCCUUUGAGCUGUCGGAGUCUGGUAAUGAUCCAUCUAUGGAGCAAAAUUCUGAGUAUGAACAAGGGGAAGAUGAAUUGGGUUAUGAGAAAUCGGAAGAGCCUGAAGAGUAUGCUGAAGAGUAUGCAGAAGGACAGUAUGAAGGCCCAGAGGCUGAGCUGACAGAAGACCAAAUAGAAUAUGGGGAAGAUCAGGGAGAAGAAGAGCUUUAUAAUGAUGAAGUGUUAGAACUCGAAAUCAAUGAACCUCUAGAUGAAUUUCCAGAUGAAGAAUAUAUGCAGUCCUACACAGAACAGCAAGUAAUUGAACAGCAAGAAUAUGUAGCUGAAGAAGAACUGGAAGAGGCUCCUGAUACCCAGACACCUCCAAAUGAGUCAGAAGAGGCAGUUAUUGAAAAUCUGGAGCUUCAAGAAGAAACCAAGGAAGAGUCUGAUGAAGAAGAGGAAGAUGAUGAAGAGUCUGGUCGAUUACGUUUCAAAACUGAACGGAAGGAAGGAACAAUCAUUAGGCUAUCAGAUGUAACAAGAGAACGAAGAAACAUUCCAGAAACUUUAGAACUUUCUGCAGAAGCCAAAGCAGCACUGCAUGAAUUCGAAGAGAGGGAAAGACAACUGAAGCAGGGCCGUUAUGGGGCGAGACGAGGAGGAAGGAGAGGAGGGCCUCUAAUGUGUCGUGGAAUGGGAGAACAAAGAAGAGACAACAGUGAAAGGGGAAGAAUGAAGGAUCACAGACCUGCACUGCUGGCAACCCAGACAGCUGUUACGACACAUUCAGACAGGAUCUUUCGGCAUCAGCAACCCAUUAGGAAUCUCUUCCAGCAGCAGCAGCAGCAGCAGCAACAGUUACAGGGUCUGCUACCCAUUCCCCCUCAGCAUCAUACACCACCCCCACCCCCUCAAGGGAUUCAUAUGCCACCCCAGCUAGAAACACCAAGAAUACUGAUGACUCCUCCUCCAGUGACAUCCCAGCAGCCAAAAAACAUACACAUAAACCCACACUUCAAAGGGACUGUAGUAACGCCUGUACAAGUGCCCUUGCUGCCAGUCCCAACCCAGCCAAGACCUGCUGUAGGACCCCAGAGAUUUCCUGGCCCUCCUGAUUUUCAGCAGAACCCUCCUGGCCCUGUUCCUGCCAACUUCAGUCAAGCCCCAAGACUCUCCCUCCAGGAUCAGUGGCGAGGGCCACCACCGCCUCUGCCGCCACCACCUCCACAGGACAGAGAGCCUUUCUUCAUGGGAGAUCCAAGAUUCCCCAGCCAUCCUUUGUUUGAACAGCGGAGCCCACCGCCACCGCCACCGCCACUCCUCAACAGCACCCAUCCUGUUCCCACUCAAAAUCCACUGCCUUUCAGUCAGCCUGGACCAGGUUUUAAUCAGCAGGGGCAGCAGCCCAUGUUUCCCAGAGAGAGGCUGGUGAGGCCAAAUAUUCAGCCUCCAGGCCCAGUGGGAGUCCUCCACUUCAACCAACCUGGAGCAGCAAAUGCACGGCCCUUCCUUCCGCCCAGGCAGUCAUUCCUGCAAGUUCCGGGGCAGCCAUUCUUAACGACUCUUACGCAGCCCAGCAUGCAGGGUCCCUUGCAUCCACCUUUGCAGCCUCAUCAGCAGCACCCGCAGCCGCCGCAGCAGCACCAGCAGCACCCGCAGCAGCAGCACCCGCAGCAUCCGCAGCCGCCGCAGCACCACCAGCAGCAUCAACCACACCAGCAACAGCACCACCUCCUGGCUGUGCCGCCGCAGCCCCUAAUUCCGGUCGCCCCGUCCCAGUUCAGACCUCACAUGCAGACUUCACAGCAACAGCCAAGCAGCAACCGGCUGCAGUGUCAGCAGCGACAAGGUCUGGUCAAGGCUAGGCAUAACACACCCACGCAGAACAUUGUAAAGCGUCCAAAUCAGCAACUUCAGUCACCUGCUCCAAGGAACAGCAACUUACGUGAACUGCCGAUUGCGCCCUUGCACGCAAUUGAGGCUGCAAACAACCGAAGGACCUCAACGCCGGCUGCACAAGUGAAGCCCAUUGCCAGUGCCACCCCUGCCAUGAGGCCUCCUGCAGGUGUCAAGACCCAACAGGGCAGAACUGAGAUAAAACCCAGAGCACUCACGCCAGUGGCACAGCCUAAAGCAGAGACCAAACCGGAGCCAGAGUUUCCUGAUGAAGAUGAAGAAACCAGACUUUACCGCUUGAAGAUAGAGGAGCAGAAACGUCUAAGGGAAGAGAUUCUGAAACAAAAGGAGCUGAGGCGGCAGCUUCAGGCUGGGGCUCGAAAGAGAGAAUUGCUUGAAAGGCUCGCGCAGCAGCAGCAGCAGCAGCAGCAACAACAGCAGCAGCAGCAACAGCAGCAGCAGCAACAGCAGCAGCAGCAGAGUUCUUCAGUGCAACAGCAGGAGGAGGAGACUUCACAACUGUCCACCAAUGGAAACCCUUUGCUUCCCCUUCCUGGUGUACUGCCCCGCCAAAAUGUGAAGUAUAGGCUGAUGGUUAAAAAGCAAGAACCAGUAGUUCCAGCCCCACCAGCUGUUCAGCCUAAGCCCACAAACGUUCUGCAGGCUGGAGAUAAUGCCCAGUUCCAAGGACAGCAAAUAAAAACAGUAAAGCAGCUAAGGCAGACUAGGACAAUGCCCGAAAAUGAGCUCCAGCUGCCUUAUAAAGGGCUGCAAACAAAGCCUGCUGCAGUGCACUUGAACCCAUCUCAGAUUACUCGGGUGGCACCGGUGCAAGGUCAACCUCAGGAACUGAAGCCUGGGGUGAAAAGGACUGUCAUGCAGCGGGCAAACAGUGGUAGUGGAGAUGGGCCCCAUGUCGGCACCAAAGUCAGGGUGAUUAAGUUGUCAGGAGGGGGUGGUGAGAAUGUUGGCUUUUCUCACUCGGAGGGGCUGCCCCACCGGCUCCAGCAACUGCCAGAACAGAGGCAUCAGCCAGUGCGGAAGGUCACCCUAACAAAGGGAACAGUCCAGCAGCCCCAUCAGCCUCACCCACACCCGCUGGGUCAGAGUCACUCCACACUUCCUCAGGGGCUGAAAACCAUCCCAGGGAUACAUCAAGUGAAAAAGGUCAUUCCGCAUGGGAGAGGCAGAGGCAUGGCGGGCCAGAUGGGCCGUGGACGCCUGAUGCCAAAUAAGCAGAAUCUGCGAGUGGUAGAGUGCAAACCUCAGCCCUGUGUUGUGUCAGUUGAAGGGCUUUCUUCGUCAACCACGGAUGUCCAGCUGAAAAGCCUGCUGAUGUCGGUAGGACCCAUUCAGAGUUUACAGAUGCUUCCUCAACAACGAAAGGCUAUUGCAAAAUUUAAAGAACCAGCAGAUGCUUUGAAAUUUCAGCAGAAGUUUCACAGGCAUAUGAUAGAUUUGUCCCACAUCAACGUGGCACUGAUAGUGGAGUGACCUGCUGAACAGGAGUGUCCGUAUUAUGUGACAAGUAGCAUCUUGCGGAGGAAGUCACAAGGGCUGGAUCUCCCUGUGAUCUCCAGGUCCAACUCUGCAGUAUCCCUUUGGGACUCCAGGCUCCUCCGUGACCCUACAGGCAGCAACAGCAUUGCUGCAAUGGAAGCUCAUUAUACAAGGAUUAAGAAACAGAUUCAUCCUCACCUUCUCUGAGUGUACUAAACCCUUGGAACUAUAGGUCCCACCCUCAUGUGCGAAGAGCACACACAGAUACUUUGCAGGAGUAAAUUGUGUGUUCACAGUGACUCAGAUGGAAAGAACACUAACUUUGAAGGGUUUUUUUUUAAUGUUUCUUCAUAGAAAAGAAUAUUUGAUAAUGGUUGCUCUUAUCUUCAGCAUAGGGUGCUUACAUAAAGAAUGCACCAAUACCUACCUUUUGUAGCAAAGUAGGUACAUACAUAUAACAUGUAGAAAGAAACACAGGCUACAUAAUUUUGUUGGUCUUUUGCCAAGAGGCUUCAGAGCGCAUUCAUAUUCCCUGUGGGGUCAAAGUGGUUCUUUGCGACACAGAGUCCCUCACCUACCAGCAACAGCCUUUCCUUUCUAACGUUGCUUUGCAGGAAUGACCUUGCCGUUUUGCCCCGUAGGCUUCACAAGCAGUGUUGUUUUCACCCUCCUAGAAUCUCUGAAGGACGUAGCUUUUAGGGGUUUUUUAUUACAGCUUUUAUUGUUUCCAAGGGUGAUUACAAGGUGCUGAGCCAAUGUGCGUGUGUGUGUGU